AUGGAGGCCGAGCCAGCCCCGGACUUGUCGAUGCUUCGAGAGCUGCUGACGCCGCCCUGUCUGGACCCCGAACCGCCCCCGGAACUCCCCACCCAGCAGGCACCAAGGACUCCAGGAUGCCUCAGACCCAGUGGCAGGUCCUUCUGGCCUGCACACCAGGACUUGGUCACCGACUUGCACUUCCUCCAAGAGCCAGCAGAGGGGCUGGCCCAGUCCCCCACCUGGGACACCCAGGCCCUAGGGCCCUGCUGGGAGCCGAAGGCCCUGGAGACUCUGGGAGCCCUACCUCUGGCCAAGGAUGCCAAGAACAUGCUGACCCCAGUCAGCCAGCAGAGCCCCGGCCUGGGGCCCCGAGUGGCUCCCCCGGCCUCUUCAGCCCAGCCACAGAGGAAACCCCGGAAGCAGUCGAACCCCCAGCGGGGCGCCGAGAAAGUGGACCCCCAGUUCGAGGGGGUGACCCUGAAGUUUCAGAUAAAGCCAGAUUCCAGCCUACAGAUCAUACCCACCUACAGCCUGGCCUGCAGCAGCCGCUCUCAGGGUCCCCCGCCAGGCCCUGCCAGAGGCCCAGAGGCCAACGCAGGAGGCAGCGAGUCCCUGGGGCGCCGACGCUGUGCUUCCUGUAGGACCCAGAGGACCCCACUCUGGAGAGAUGCCGAAGAUGGGACCCCCCUCUGCAAUGCCUGUGGUAUCAGGUACAAGAAAUAUGGCACCCGGUGCUCCAGCUGCUGGCUGGUGCCCAGGAAAAGUGUCCAGCCCAAGAGACUGUGUGGCAGAUGUGGGGUGUCGAUGGGUCCCCCCCCAGUCCCAACUCAGGAAGGGUCUCCCGUAGCUGCUGCCUUCGCAUCACUGGAGUGA